AUGUAUGUGAGCAUCACACAGCUGAAUCAGUCUGACUCAGGACGGUACAGGUGCUCUUUGGACAGAGCCUGGAGGCUAGAUCCAAACGAUGAUUUUGAGCUGAUUGUCACAGAAGCUUCAACCACUUCAACACCAAACGGGACUCUGAGACCUUUUUCAGCUUCAGUGUUUCUCUCAUCAGCCUCCACACCACCAACAACACAGAGUUUAAGCUCAACUUCAGGAAGCUCCACACCUUCAUCAGCCUCCUCUGGAAGUUCAGAUGUGCUGAUUUAUGUGCGUCUGAUUCUGGUCGUUGUCAUCAGCAUCUUUUUAGUAACUUUACUGAUUUUCUGUAUGAGGAAGAGGACUGCUAAACCCAGAGGACCUCCUGUGGAAUCUGAGCGUGCUGACAUCACACAGGACAACCAAUUGUGUGAAGAGAUCAGAGAGGAGGACAGACAGAGCAGCUCACCUCCUGCAGGAGUGUCUUCAGUGUACGCUACACCAAACGCCUCCAACCAGAUGGAGAUGAAAACAAUAGACCUCCACAGCGUCUCCACCUCUGCUCAGAACAAAGUACAUGCCAGCGCUGCCAACCACACUACAGAUGCUUCACCUCCUCAUCUGUCCAAAAACAUCAGUAGUAAUACUGCUGAUGGACCCUCGGUGGCUAACAGAUGA